UUUCUGGUUUUAUUUUCAGUUUACAUCCGUUACCGACUAGCGUAUGACCUAGUGCGAGAAAUAGAGUUAAUUAUAAUGAAUUUUAAAGUUAAACUUUUCAUGUUUACCGCAAUUUUAGUGUUUAAUAGUGCGACCGGUGGCUUUGUUGAUACGAUGACGGAUGUACCGAAAAAACUUGGAAGCAUAUUCACCCUCGUGGUGAAAGACCUGACGAGCUCGGCGGUGGGCACGCUGCGGCACGGCAUCCGGCCCUUCAGCAGCGGCCAGGACGUGAUAGGCCGCAGACCCUGGCGGAGGAACCGGGAGAAAAUUGGAGACACAGAAAAUAAAAAAGAUGAAGCCAAGAAGACACGUCACGCAACAAACUACCCUCGUCGAAUAAAAUACCGACGCAGACAAAAACCUCAACAGAAUAAUAACAAUUAAUUUUAUUAAAAUAUCUCUUAUUUUCGAGCUUUUAUAUGUAUAACGACCACUGAUUGUUUUUUCGGAAAUCGUGCGCCUUUGGUGUUGAUGACAAUGCAAGAAUUUACAAUACUUGUGCCCUAUUCAGACUUUUCAGUCAAUAUUGCUUGCAUGAGCGCAUCGUACCAAUCGCAUACUAUACCAAACGAAUUUAAUGGAAAUUUCAAUAUUCUUUAUAAGAUAAAGAUAAAAAUUCUUUAAAAGAACAGAACUUUCUUUAUUCAAAUAAUCUUUUAUAGUAAGCACUAGAGGUUUUGUUGAAAAUCACUUUAAUUUUUACGAAGCAAUUUCAAUAUCUCCAGACAUCUCGAUUCAAUCUUGGGAGCCUCAAAUAUUUGCAAUAGACCUGAAUAUCUCAAUCAAAUUGUUGAGAUCAAAGUGGGGUAUUCCAAUAGCAUUUUACAUAACGCAGGCAAAGAGCCCGUUGCGUAAAAUAUACUUUGAAAGUUAUGGAAUGGAUAGGUAACGGGAAUAGGGACAUUUUAUAUUCAAUGACUAGCGAAGUUACCGAGUAAUAUUAUCCAGUAAGAGAAAAUAAAUGUCGGUUAUCGAACAGUGAUUUCUGAUUCUGGUAAUGUUGGAAUUGGAACACAGUUACCCAAAGUUGAAUCGAAUUAAUUGUGUCUUAAAUUACAAUUCAUAAAAGACGUUUAGAAAUAGUCUCUGGGUUUUUAAAUGUUUCGAAUGCUGGCCAAGGUAGCCAGGAUAAAUCUCGAUUACGAUAAUAGAAAGCUGAUGAUGAGUAAGAAGGAAAU